AUUCCUGGAAACUCUGGCUCCGAUCCCGUGGUGCGGCGACGACGGCCUUGAGCUGCGAUGGCAAUGUCGCCGUUUCCUGAGCUCCGAUCCUCUCUCUCUCGUCGCACGCUUGUAGGCUAUCUGUUGGGCUGCCUAGUUGGCUAUUGCGCGGCGUGACAGAGAGCGAGAGCGAGGUGAUCGGGGAGGGCUCAUUGUCUCGCCAAUUGAAGUUGUGAAGGAUAUUGGAGCUUUUGUGGGUGCAGUUUGGUUGAGAGACGGGGCGUUUGGAGAACUUUCGUUUGUAAUCUGCAGUAUGGCGAUGGCGAUGGCGAUUCGGAGGGCGGGGCGAGCGAGGGCUGUGCUGCGUGGGACAGAAUGGGGUGUUAGCGGAGGUGCGAGAUGCCUGGCUAGUGCUGCGACAGCUGCGCGCGUCGAAGACGAUAGGAGGGAGUCUUCCACCUCGGGUCGUGCAUUGGCAGCGUUUGGUGCGUUUCUAGGAGCUGGCGCGUUUUACUCUUGCCAGAAAAUGAUCAAUUCUGAACCAGCUUUAGCAGAAGCAUCUGAACCGAAGACAGCAUUGAACCCAAAGGAGUUCGUGAAGUUUAAGGUGUCUGAAGUCCGCGAUGUUAAUCACAACACCAAACUCUAUAGAUUUACGUUCGAUUCUCAAGAAGCACUUGGUCUCCACGUUGCGUCCUGUUUAAUCACGAAGGCUGAAAUCGGCAAGAAGAAAGAUGGAAGUCCAAAUUAUGUCAUCCGUCCGUACACGCCUAUAUCGCCUCCGGAUUCGAAGGGUUACUUCGAUUUGUUGGUUAAGAUUUACCCAAACGGUAAAAUGACGCAGCAUUUGGCACAGCUUAAGCCAGGAGAUACUUUGGACGUUAAGGGGCCUAUCCCAAAACUCCCCUACGCGCCUAACAUGAAGAAGCAAAUUGGAAUGAUUGCUGGAGGCACAGGAAUCACUCCAAUGUUGCAGGUCAUUGAUGCCAUCGUUUCCAAUCCCGAGGACAACACACAGGUCUCUCUCGUUUUCGCGAACACAACACCUGCCGACAUUCUGUUGAAAUCGAAGUUGGAUGCUCUCUCGUUUGCCCAUCCUAAUUUCAAGGUAUAUUAUGUUGUAGAUUCUCCCACGAAUGACUGGAAAGGCGGUAAAGGGUACAUUAACAAGGAUGUUCUUCUAAAAGGACUGCCAUCACCCUCCGAUGAUACUCUCAUCUUGGUGUGUGGACCUCCAGGACUGAUGAACCUUAUUUCGGGAGAUAAAGCCCCAGACAGGUCUCAGGGAGAGUUGGUUGGUUUGCUUAAGGAACUUGGCUACACUUCGGAGCAAGUCUACAAGUUCUAAAUAUGGUUAAUUGGGGCCGCCUUGUCUUCUUUCGCUCUUUCCACUCUUUAGAGCUGUAGGUCCUAGUGAAGCAUUCGAGAAUUAGAUAGGAUUGCCGGCAGUCAUCUGGAAGCAAGAAAUAACCUUGAAAUUAUCACCUGUAUAGAUGUUUCAGCUUCAAUUCUCAGGGAUAUGUUAUCUAUUCAACUCUCACAGCCUUCAGAAAAUUGUCUGUUGAGAUUUGUGAGGUGUUCUGCUGCAAGUUCGUAACUCAGAUGUACCGGAGUUUUGUUUUGUUUCUUUUAAAGAUAAAGUCUUGAUGCCAUGGCAAACUUGAGUUGAUUGAA